CUCUGGUUCUCUGCUUCUCCUCUGGCACCGGGUCGCGGUUCCGUUCCGUGCUCGGUGUUCGCGGGUGCGCGUACCGAGCCAUGACUGCCGUCGUGCCAAACCCCGAGGGGUGCCAAGUGCUGCCGUCUGUAACAGCCGGGGCCCGCCGCCGGCUCCGCAGCAGGUCGUGUAGCAUCUGCUGGCGGGCUUGAACUCGCUUGUCUGCUUGUAGGGUUAUUGGAAAGCAACUGGCUCCUCGGGAUUCCUUGCCUAAUCAGAGGUGUUACCUCCUCCUCUUCCCCCAGUGUCUCUUGACAUCAUUUCAUCCAUCAGAGUUUCAGAGGAAAAAAAAAACACCAACCAAAGCAGAACCCACCCAGUCUGAGAGCAGCCCACACCAGCCCCUCAGUUUUGCCGUGACUGCAGGGAAGAGCUGGAUCGGGGUAAAGAUGAAGGAUGGGAGCGGGGCUGAACUCCACGUCCUGAGGGAUUUGGUGCAGGGCGAACCGAGAGGAAUCCCGAGCGAUGCAACUGACCGGCAUCCCCCGUAUCCCGGCAGGGGAGCAGUAAGCCCCGGGAUUGCGCGUGGGGAUGCGAAAGGUGCUUGAGCCACGGGAAAGAAAGUAGCCCUCAGGUGCGUUUGCCCCUGCUCGUCCUUGUUGCUCCAUGGGAUUUCUUCUGCCCCCCGCAACUGACCUGAUGUGGACCGAAGCGCUUCUAACAUGAACUUUCUCCCUGGGAUCUGGUGGUCCCUUCCCUUGGUCUUGGUCUGGGCGACCCCACCAGUCACCUCCUCAUGGUGGUACAUGGGCGCCGUGGGCUCCUCGCGGGUGAUGUGCGACAACGUGCCGGGCCUGGUGAGCCGGCAGCGGCAGCUGUGCCGGCGGCACCCCGAGGCCAUGCUCUCCAUCGGGCGCGGCGUGGCCGCCUGGACGGCGGAGUGCCAGCACCAGUUCCGCCGGCACCGCUGGGACUGCAACGCCCUGGAGCGGGGGCAGGACCUGCUCGGCCGCGUCCUGCUGCGCAGUAGUCGAGAAUCUGCUUUUGUACAUGCCAUCUCCUCUGCUGGAGUUGUUUUUGCCAUCACCAGGGCAUGUAGCCAAGGGGAGCUGAAAUCCUGCUCCUGUGAUCCCAAGAAGAAAGGCACUGCCAAGGACAGCAAAGGCCAUUUUGACUGGGGUGGCUGCAGUGACAACAUUGACUAUGGCAUUAAAUUUGCCAGAGCCUUUGUGGAUGCCAAAGAACGGAAAGGAAAAGAUGCCAGGGCACUGAUGAACCUUCACAACAACAGAGCUGGAAGGAAGGCCGUGAAGAGGUUUUUGAAACAGGAGUGCAAAUGCCACGGUGUGAGUGGAUCGUGCACGCUAAGGACCUGCUGGCUGGCCAUGGCAGACUUCAGGAAAACAGGAGAUUAUCUGUGGAAGAAAUACAAUGGAGCAAUUCAGGUGGUCAUGAAUCAAGAUGGCACGGGUUUCACUGUGGCUAAUAAGAAAUUUAAGAAGCCAACUAAGAAUGACCUGGUAUACUUUGAGAGCUCUCCAGACUACUGUAUCAGGGACAGGGAUGUAGGGUCCCUUGGAACAGCUGGUCGGGUGUGCAACCAAACCUCCCGUGGCAUGGACAGCUGUGAAGUAAUGUGCUGCGGGAGAGGCUACGACACCUCCCGCGUCAGCAGGAUGACAAAGUGCGAGUGCAAAUUCCACUGGUGUUGUGCUGUGCGCUGCCAGGACUGCCUCGAAGUGGUGGACAUUCACACCUGCAAAGCGCCCAAGAGCGCUGGCUGGAUUUCCCGGACAUGACACACGGGCUACUGAUGCUGAGGACCACAGCUUUUGCCCUUCCUGGUCCGUGCAGGGAAUGCAUCAGAGGGCCUUUUACUUUUAUGCCUGUUUUGCCUUUGUUGUUCAUUGCACAGAAGCUGCUGAAAAAAUUAUAUAAACCCUGCAGCAUUUACUUUGCAUUUCUGCAUGACAAUGUUGCUGCAGAGUUGUCUCUGCAUAAACUGAUGCAUCUCUGGAAGGACGUACUUAUGCCAAGACUCUUCCAGCCACCAUGUAACUCUCCUCCAGAAUCCUUGUGGAAAUUCAUUCCUUCCAUCAGGAACUCAAGAACAUACAAAAUAGGGCACUUUUACAAGAUCACCACCACCAACUGCAUGGGCUGGGCUUGCUCAACCAUCUUCUGAAGGAUCUUGGGCAGGUCAGCUUGUGCCCUGGAUACCGAAUGGAUCAGGAGUUUGAGCCAUUGGUUGGUAACUUCCCCACUAAAAAAAUUUGUGGCUAGAUUGGUGAAAAACUUUACUGGAAGGGUGUUUGUUCAUCCCUGGUGGACUGGAGUUUCCAGUAAGGUGGCCACCUGAGGCCAUCAUUAGCACAUUGUGGCUUCCUGUGGGACAGGAGUUGGUCCAUGGCCUUAGACAAAGGAAAUUGCAGGAGAUGUAUUCAACCACAACAGUUUGAUGAACUAUUAGAGUGAAAGCAAAUGUCUUAGUUAAAUGUUUAUGAAAACCUGCCUUAAAAGCUUUUAAAAAGUAAUUAAUAUUAACUGCUGAGGAUUUUUUUCUGACCUGAAGGAUUGAAGAGAAUGUUUUUUCACCCUAGUGAAGGCUGGGUACAGGACACUCAACUACCUAAGGAUAAGGUUUCCUCCUUUUCACAUACACAAUAGUGGAAAAAAUGUUUGCGAACACUGAUGGAGAAGCAAAUGCCUUGCCUCAGUAAUGACUUGGAUUCUAAAGAAGUUAUAAGUUUCUAUGCUCUUUUAAAGUUAAUAAAUCUAUUAAAUGUGCUCAAAAUAUACUUUCCACUCAGAUGGGGAUAUCCAAAUUAGAUUUUUUUCUGCAUAUUUUCUGCUAAACUGCAUGCUUAUGAUUUGGAGUGUAUUGGCUUGUGAUGGAGGCAGUUACAGGUUGUGCCAGGUUCCUAUGCUGGGCUGGGAUCAGCACAGAACAACAAGCUGCUAUAAAGAUGUGCAGGCCCAGAAACUGGAGCCUUGGUGGAGAGGAACUGGGUCGGAGAGGGACCAGCUGCCUCUCCUCAGGGCAGGAAUCAGCAACAUGAACCAAGAGAAAAAUGGGUUCUGUGCCAAUAAGUAUAAUAAGGCUCUGCGAAAGCACCUACGAAGAGUAGAGACAGGCAAGGUAAUGAAAAAAUAGCGUAGAAAAAGGAGGUUGAAUGAGUGAUAGAAAACAUUGUAGAUGAAGGUAAAAUUUCCAUAUGAAAAUGAAAUGGACUGGAAGAACCCUGGCAGGUACAAACAGUGCAGGAAAAGUAAUAUCCAAGUAGCUAACCAAGGCAAUAAAGUGAAUAUUCUGGGUAUGUUUUGGUUUUGGAACUUUCUGAAAAGACUGUUUAAAAAUAAGGGGGUUUGGCAUUAAGUGAUCUUGAGGGAGCAGUCAUUUACAUCUGCAAGGCUUUCAUAAAAGUUUGUAUCACUAAAAUGGGUAAUUCAUCACCAGAAGGCACAGCUGGUGUUAAAAGAUUAGGAGGCUCCAGAAAGUUCUUUAUUUGGACAGUAAGAUAAUGUUUCAGUUACUGUAUAUGGGAAUGAUCAUGGCUAGAGGUAACAAUAAUCACACUUGUGUCUAUAAACCAACUGCUGGUAGGAACAGCCCUACCCACAUGUCCGUGCAUGUGCAGUGUAUGUAUAAUGUGUAUAUUUGUACCCACAGGCAGCUCAGGGGUUAUACUGCUGGCCUCUUCAUUGCUGCCAAUUCUGGCUCCGGGUUGGAUAAGGAAAAUUCAUACCUAAUUGUAUUUAAAGGUGAGCUCCAAGGAGAAUUUUUAUUGGGAUUUCACUGUGAAAUUAAAUCCACAUGUAGUUCGUAGCCUCAGCAAUAUCAUACUUUAAGCCUUAAGGAAUUUAAAAGCAGUAUAAUAAUUUUUAACCUUUUAGAGAAAUUUUGGGGUUUUUUUUAAGAUUCAGGGAGCCUGAGUAGUCUAAAAGAUUAUCUAUUUAAUAAAGCUGAAAUUAUUUCAAUGUUCUGGAAAAAAGAAAAAAAACUCAUUCUUACAAGAGAACUUGUUCUAGGUAGUUGAAUGAAGGGUAAUGAAAUCAGAGCUCUUCUUAAAUCUGUUAUUUGUUUAAUAUUCCAGAAAACUCGCCUGAAUCCCACAGUCCCAGAUAAAGUGUUUUGGAGUCACUGUAUUAAAAGUAUAUUAACUUUUAUUCCCCAACCUGGUCCUCCUCCACUAAGACACAUAUUCCUGUUCCAAACCUUCCUCUGGGCUAGAGGCCUGUGGUUCCUGAAGGCUGGUGUUACAGUAAGACCAGGAAGAUGGGAGCGUUGAGUCCCUUGGCCUUUUCAGUGUCCUUAUUAACCCUGUCCAGCAGCCAGCUCACCCAGGUGUGCACAGCAGGCUGAUGUUCCCAUUUCGGGCAUGUACCAUACUGAUAAACUGUGAUGCAAUGCCUGCAGCAAAACCACUUCACCAGAGGAAACCCAGAAUAUUUCACAGCAUAGCAAAUGGGUAAGUGCUGUGCUGGCCACUUACUUGAUGAGAGUUUUUCUGUAUUUAUGAUUUUUUGGGUUUUUUUAAGAGCUCAAGGUAGACUUCUUACAGUUGUAGAACUGUACAGUUGCCUCUUCCACAAAGAAAUUCACUCCCAGAAGCUUUUGCUAUUUCUUAGUGGCAAAAGACACUCAGAGAUGUAAAUAUUGCUAGGAAAGGCCUUUCUGUGAUCUUCGGCAA